AUGACGCGACGAAUCGUUCGCAACUUGAUACAGCUAACGGCGGCGGCCGUUUUCACCGUCCUGGUGGUGCUCUUCCUCGACCGAAGCUACCGAGUCCUGCCCACAUCGCUGCACAACUACCUACCAACACACCACCCCGGCCACGUCGUCACCGAUGUGACACUCGUCACCUGCUCGACUGUCAACCCGCUCUCCAAGUGUGACCUUGACCCCAACAAGUGGCACCGCAUCGACAAGGAGCUCUUCCUCGGCCGCGCCUGGACGACCCGCGCAUACCUCUUUGUCAGCCGCAAGCACGAGGCCGAGCUUACCGACAAGGAUUCCGUUGUCAUCGAUCUCAAAGUCGGCCCGCGCAAGCCGGAAGACGCCAAACCCGACGCCCACGCGGCCUGGGAGUCCCGCCCCGGCGGCCUCUGGGUCAAGCGCUCGUCCCAAAAAGUGGCCAGCGACUCGGACGAGGCCGUCACCAAUGUCGACGUGCUUUUUGGCGACGACGCCGUCGAGGCUCGCGAUGGCUGGGCCAUUCGCGGCACGCCCCUCCAGAUUGACCCCAGCGGCACCUUUCACUCGGCGCACGUCACCGUCCGCCGCGGCGCGCCCGCCGAGCGCAAGAAACCCACGCCGCGCAUCCCAGACAGCGGCAAGUUUAAGAUUCUACAGAUUGCCGACCUCCACUUGAGCACCGGCGUCGGUGCCUGCCGCGACGUCUUCCCACCGCUCGCAAAGGGCGAAAAGUGCGAGGCGGACCCCCGCACGCUCGAGUUUGUCGACAAGAUGAUUGAUGAGGAAAAGCCGGAUUUUGUCGUCCUCAGCGGCGAUCAGGUCAAUGGCGAAACGGCGCCCGAUCCGCAGUCCGCCAUUUUCAAGAUUGCGCUUAAGCUCAAGGAGCGCAAGCUCCCCUACGCCGCCAUCUUUGGCAACCAUGAUGACGCGCAAGCCAUGGGUCGCGAGGCUCAAAUGGCCCUCAUGGAGUCCCUCCCGUACUCGCUCGCCACCGCCGGCCCGGCCGAAGUCGACGGCGUCGGCAACUACUACGUCGAGGUGCUCGGCCGCAGUGGCUCCGACCACUCCGCCAUAACCAUUUACUUCUUCGACACUCAUUCCUACUCGCCCAACGAGCGGCAGUACCCCGGCUAUGACUGGGUCAAGCCCAGCCAGCUGGCGUGGUUCAACAAGACGGCCGACCGGCUGGUCCGCCCGCACGCCGAGUACACGCACCAGCACAUGGACAUUGCCUUUAUCCAUAUCCCGAUUACCGAGUAUGCCGACUUUAACCAGACAUGGGUUGGGCAGUGGCUCGAGGGUGUCACCGCACCCUUGUAUAACCCAGGCUUUCGCGACGCCCUCGUCGACAAGGGCAUCCUCAUGGUCAGCGCCGGCCAUGACCACUGUAACGACUACUGCAUCCUCUCCACGCAGGGCGAGCGCCGCGAUCCAGCCCUCUGGAUGUGCUACGCCGGCGGCGUCGGCUUUGGUGGCUACGCGGGCUACGGCGGCUAUCUCCGCCGUGUCCGCCUCUACGAGAUCGACGUCAACGCCGCCCGCAUCCGCACCUGGAAGCGCGUCGAGGCCGGGCCCAAUAUUACCGCCCGCAUCGACGAUCAGCUCAUUGUCGACGCGGCCAAGGCGUACCCGGCCCCGCUGCCGCCGGCCCCCCCACCGCCGGCUGCUACGGAGCGCCCAGUGGAUGUCAAGGAGUCGUGA